CAAACCGAACAAGAAUUAACUGAAACAGUCGAACAAGCCAGCAAUGAAUUAGAUAAAGGUGAUAAUCAAAUCACUCAAUUGCGCACACAACUCAAUCAACUCAAAACCUCUAAAGAAAAGUUAGAAAGAGAAUUAAAUUUAGCCCGUAUUAAAAGAAAUAGUCCUUCAAUUGCUAACACCGUUUAUAAUGAUAAUUUUGACACCAAAAAUCAAGUCCAACAACAAGUUAGUCCUCGCCUCAACAAAGCCAAAGAGACUGCUUCUAAACCUUUGGACUAUUACCGGAAACAAGAAGCCUUUUAUCGAGGAUUGUUUUGGAUUGGAGUUGGAUGUUUAGUGCCUACCAAUCAAGAUUUAGAAGCAUUUAAGGCUUGGUUGGAAAAUAUUGAAAGA